UAGCUGCUGCUAGCUUAAGAGGCGGUGCGCGUUAAAGAGCUCUCGGCUAGUCGGCGCUCAGCGGCUUCCGCCAUGGCUCGUGUCGGUUAGCCCGGCGAGUGAGUUACAGACACUUUGCUCGCUCCCCCCCCCCCGCCACUUUGUUGUUGUUGUUGUUGUUGUUUCGACCCCCCCUCCCCCUCUCCCCUUUAAAACUAUGCUGAGCAGCGUCGCUCUGCGGGCUCAGAUAGCCUCCAUAAUCGAUGCCUUGUCCGAAGCAGCCGUGGCGGAAAUCGCCAAAGUCGUGGAGGACGGCAUGGUGGUGCUGCGGCUGGAGAUGUGCCAGCGCGAGACCGAGAUCCGGAAGCUGAAGAGCAACUUCGAGGUUCUGCACGGCGAGCUGAGGGCGCUGCGCGAGAGCGAGAGCGCGACCCCGAGACCCGACACUCAGAGAGCGGUUGGCGAUGAGAGGGCCUCGCUGGAGAAGAACCAUAACCACACGGACCGCAACGGCCUGCGCACACCCGAGCUGCAGGUGAAAUGUGAACCCGUGGACGAAGCAAGCGAAGAGAACCGAUCACGACCUGCCCGUCCGGCAGAAGACGCGUCCCCGUACGAAAGGCACGGCGCCCAGUGGCGGCCGGCGGCUCAGACGGGACGCGUCAAUUCCGGUUAUUCACAUUCGGGGCAGAACUCCUUGUCGUGUCUCCCCGAAUCGUCUCUGAGCGGCGGCCAGUCCGCCGGGUUCCAGCCGAGCCCGUUCAUCCGCGGGCUGCCGGGUUACGGUCAGUACCGCGGCCCGUACGGCGCGGCGCGGAGGAGGACGGCGGCGGCGGCGGCUCUGGCGAAGCGGUUCAUGUUCAAGAAAGGCUUCAUCUGCCCGUACUGCGGCAAAUGCUUUGAGCGCGGCGGCCACCUGGAGAGGCACAAGAGGAUUCACACGGGCGAGAAACCGUACCGCUGCGAGGAAUGCGGGCGCCGGUUCAACCAGAAGUGCAGCCUGAAGGAGCACAUGAAGAUCCACGGGAGAUGUGUUCAGCCCAACCGAGCCCCGGAGGUGGAGGUGGGCGACCGGAAGCCGGUUCCCGAGGGGAAACCGUGCCCGGGUGCUCCUCGCCCCGAGGAAGGGGUCCGAGGGAACGCCGCGGACGUCCCGCCGAAGAACGAGGACCUUCUUGCGACACCCGUGCACGUGAAACGCGAGCCCGCGGAGGAGGAUAUAACGGCGCCGCCGCCAUUUCUCGGAGGGAACGAGCAGACGAGGGAACGAGCAGACGGAGGAGGAGGAGGA